UCAAUACAACACACACCACCCUACUGUAUAUAUACACUGACUUCUAAACAGACACACACGCACACGCAGCUGGCAUCUGACAGAGCAAACAGUAUCAGAUCAAAGUAAGAACCAUGAGGGUGCUUGUGGUACUUGUGCUGGCUGUAGCCACAGGCUGCCAAGCCAACUUGUUCUAUGCUGAUGAGCCCAAACCACAGCUGGAACAAUUGACUGAUGCUUUCUGGGAUUAUGUUGCCAAGGCAACACACACUGCAGAGGACACAGUGAAAACAAUUAGAGAGUCUCAACUUGGCCAGGAAGUCAAUGCUAGAUUUACAGAUGGCACUAAUAUGGCCAGUGAGUAUGCUGUCACUCUCCAGAAACAAGUGAGCCCUUUUGCCCAGGACAUCAUGACCAAGAUCUUCCAGGAGGCUGAGGUUCUGAAGGAGCGUCUUCAGCAGGAUUUGACCACUGUGAAGGGCAAACUUGAGCCCUAUUCUGAUGAUCUGAAGACCCAAAUUCAGCAGAAAGUGGAGGAGCUCAGAGUAGCUGUGGCUCCCUAUGCUGAGUCCAUUGACACUGAAGCUCUGAAAGCCACCAUGCUGCAGAAGACAGACGAGCUCAGAGGAAGUUUGGAGGAGAAAGUGAAGGAGCUGCAGUCCCAGAUGGAGCCCUAUGCUGAACAACUCAGACAGAAAGUAGAUCAGCACCUGCAGGAAUUCCAAAACGCUGUGGCCCCUCUGACUGACGAUCUUCAGACCAAGGUUGCUGAGAGAGCCGCUUUGGUUCAGCAGGGUCUGGCUCCUUAUGCUGAAGAUCUGAGAGAGAAACUGGACCCCUAUGCCCAGAAUCUGAAGGACCAGCUUACCUCUCUGUAUGAGUCCUUCACCAAGACCAACUAAAUACACCAAACCACAGUUUACUCUUACACCCAUGAAUGAAAACGACCAAAAUGAAAUAGCAGACAUCAAACAUCCAACUCUUUUCAACAUUCAACUCUUUUAACCUCGUACUGUUAUGGAGUUGUGUUCUUCGUAAAUGUCAUACUGGUAUGUGAUGCAAAACUUCCACUUCUUGUGAUUAUAUUAUAAUAAACCUGCUAUGAAAACAA